AAGAGGCAUAGGAAGUGAACAGCCUGCUGAACGAGGCCGUCACGAGCCUCUUCGAGGACAUGGACCAGGUGGACAGCGUGAUCAAGGGCAGAAGACCUUCGGAGAGAUCCAGAUCGAGGGGAUGCUUGAGAAGGUGCGAGAGAAGAUGGGCAGGUCAGACGCGUACAUGCGACUCUUAGUCACCAUCUGCUUCAAGAUAGAUCUUUGUCUCCUUCAAGAUCGAGAUCUCCGUUAUCAACCUCCUGCUCGGCAAGGCUCUCCCCACUGGGGUCAGGAGGCUACACAAACUCAGGGAAUCAAGCUGAGGGAUCCUCUCUACUCUUGGUGACCCUACCGCUCUACUCUCACAUCAUUUUCAGCGAUCCUGUCUGUUGCAAUGGCAACUGUGAUACGAUGUGCCUCAUGGCUGCGAGUGCCGCGGUCAUGAUGAGAUGAUAGUGACGGGUGUUCCUUCGUCUCCAAGUACGGGCUCAACGGAACCAUCAAGGUGCAAGACUCCAUCACUGGAGCAGAAGAGCUGCUGAACAAGAUCAGGCUAAUGUCGCAACGCUCUCGGUGCGAUGACCGGCUGGCAGGUCAAAUUCUGCAGCACCUUCCCCGAUCCCUUCACCUACUCCUUCGAGCCCCUGUACUCCCCCAACAACUUGAAGCAGAUCCAGCUGGCCGGGGAGCCAUGCGAGCAGACGAGCGCUCGGAGAGCUGUCAAGCAGAAGGCGGCAGAGCAUCAGCAAUCUGUGCGGUAAAGGCUGCGAGGAAAGAGGAAGCAUGAUGAUGAUGUUGUUGUUGAUGAUGAUGAUGGAGAGCAGAAGUGAUCCUGAGGGCAUGGAGAAAGUUGACAAGA